AAACAUCUUCGACUAAGAAAUCGGUUUCUUACAAAUUAAACAAAGAGUUGGCCACCAAUUUAAAUUUGUUUAUUUUGUUUCUUGGCCAUCCCUCCUCGAACGUGUUAAUUAGUUGACCUUGAGAUUUCGAGACACCUAUAUAUACUUCAUAAUAUUGCACAACUAAAACAUAAGCAACAUUUGAAUUUGAUUUGAAAUGGAUAGAAGUUUUAUCUUGUUGAGCAUUUUAGCCCUCAAUUCCUUCUCCAAUAUUGUGUUCGCCUCUGAUCCAAGUCCGUUACAAGAUUUCUGUGUCGCAGAUCUCACCAGCACAGUGAGAUUCAACGGAUUACCAUGUGUGGAUCCUGCAACGGUGACAGCUGACAAGUUCUUCUUCAGCGGGCUGAGCCAGGGCGGGAACACGUCGAACCCCACGGGGGCGGCGGUGACGCCUGUCGGGGUGAGCCAGAUGCCGGGGCUCAACACUCUGGGCCUGGCGAUGGCCCGCCUCGAUUACGAGCUCAACGGCUUCUUCCCGCCUCACUACCACCCCAGGGGGAGCGAGAUUCAUACAGUUCUCGAAGGUUCCAUGGAAGUUGGGUUUGUCACGUCGGCUCCCAAUUUCAAGCUUUAUAAGAAAGUUCUAGAGAAAGGCGACGUCUUCGUCGUCCCCGUUGGCCUCGUUCAUUAUCAGCGAAACGUCGGCGCCGGAAAAACCGCCUCCAUUGCGACCUUCAACAGCCAGAAUCCGGGCAAUAGUGUGAUUCCAAACGCGCUUUUUGGCUCCAAUCCCGACAUCGACAGCGAUUAUCUUGCCAAGUCUUUCGCCUUGGAUCAGGAAACUGUCCAAGAGCUACAGCGAUUGUUCUAGAAUCUCAUCCGCUGGCUUUAACAAAUUUCAUUUUCAGAUCUGCUGCUACGUGUUUCUCAAAGAGUUUAUAUGUUUAUUUUUUCUUAACUAAUAAUUCAAACUAAGUGUAAUAAUUUCUAUUAAAUAAACUGUUAAUUUAUUUGAUUAUGGUGUGAAAUAAAUAUGUUAGAUUGUAAA